AUGAACUUGCCAAGAGCUGAGCGACUUCGCUCCACACCUCCGCGCAGCCUCCGGGGCUCCGAUAGGGAAGACGGUGCGAUCGAUAUCCUGGGAGAGGAGGAAGAUGAAGGAGAGGAGGAGGAAGAGGAAGACGAGGAACCGGAGGGAAGCCAGCGCCUUCUAGAGCAGCUGCACCAGCCGGAGCCGCAGAGGGCGCGGCGCGGCGCGGGCGCGGGUGCGCUUCCCGGAGAGCGCACCGAGAGCGGCGGCGGCGGCCCAAGCGACUCCUCCGAGUUUGGCCCCAAGUUCGGGGCACCGACGGGGUCUACGGCGGCCUCUGCGGGCGCCCCGCAGCCGGCGAAGCCCCCCUACUCAUACAUCGCGCUCAUCACCAUGGCCAUUCUGCACAGCCCACACAAGCGCCUCACGCUCAGCGGCAUCUGCGCCUUCAUCAGUGGCCGCUUCCCUUACUACCGCCGCAAGUUCCCCGCCUGGCAGAACAGCAUCCGCCACAACCUCUCGCUCAACGACUGCUUCGUCAAAAUCCCCCGGGAGCCGGGACACCCUGGCAAGGGCAACUACUGGAGCCUGGACCCCGCCUCCCAGGACAUGUUCGACAACGGCAGCUUCCUUCGGCGCAGGAAGCGCUUCAAGCGCCACCACCCGCCUCCGGGAGCCCACCUGCACCACCCCUUCCCCCUGCCCGCUGCGCCCGCCGCCCUGCGUGCCCCCUACCCGGGCAUGCUGCUCGGACCCCCGGCCCCGCCGCAGCCUGUCCCGGGGGCCUAUCCCGCCUCCACUCCCGGGAGCCGCCCGUGCGCGCUGCUGCAUCCUCAUCCCCUCCGCUACCUGCUGCUCUCUGCCCCGGCCGUAGGCAGCGUAGCUGAGGCGCCCAGGAAAGCGCAAGGCGCGGAUCUGGGGACCCCCGGCGCCCUUCCGGCGCUGCUGCCCACGCUAGGCUCCCAGCCUUGGGAGGAGGGCAAGGGGCCGGCGUCGCGGCCGGCAGGCGGAUGCACCUCCUUCAGCAUCGAGAGUAUCCUGCAAGGGGUCCGGGGAGCUGGUACAGGCGCCGCGCAGAGUCUGCCCCCGACCCCGUGGGGUUACUGCCACCUGCUGCAGCGCCCGUCGUCAGCAGCAGCAGCAGCAGCAGCAGCAGCAGCAGCAGCAGCAGCAGGACUCUGCCAGCGGCUGCGCUCCCAGCAAGGGCGCUCUGCUGGGCCGGCACCUGUCCGCCACCGCGGCGCUCCUGGGGUGUCAGCCUGGAGUAGAGGGCUCCAGGCUGACGUCGCUGGUCGCCCUUUCGGGCGGAGAGGGGACCUCACCGGCCUUUUGAAUAGCACCCACACCUGCCUGACUCCUUGGGGCGGACAGGGAGCCAACCUGGAGGGCGGAGCCGCCCGGGGUCACGCUCUCCUCGCCGCCUGCCCUGGCGCACUCCACCUUUCACAGCCGGGACCAAGAGUGUGUAUCUGCAUCCUACAGCGGAGCAACCACUAAUUUCGGUUCGCUGCGAAAUACUUACAAAGGAAAGGUUGGUUAUUGUUCCCUUAAGACAACCUGAACGUAAAUGUUCGAUGGCGUCAGCGUCGAACAUUUCUUUUCCAGCCUCCAGUCGUGACUUCCAAGGCUUUUCCGAUUUGCACAUUUCCAGAGGAACUAUGAACGUGAGUGGGGCAUUUUGUUCUGUUAUUAAAAGAAAAACAAAGAAAAUAAAUCGUCCAAUGCACAACGUUUCCCCCGUCUUCACUCCCUGGAAACUGCAAGUAUUAUUCCCAAAUCCAGCGCAGAAUCCUUGUGCCCUUUUUGUCUUCCUG